AACUCAUGCACCUUUUUCUUAUUUUAACAUUUAUCAGCAUUACGGGUUGAAAGAUUUUUCCAGACUGGACAAAAACAAAUUGCUCAAAAGCAUCACUAACAUACAAAGAUUAUUUUAACAUCCACUCCGUGUCAUUUUCUUCUUUGUUUUACACAUGUACCCUUCUUACCAUUAUUGCGUUUUGUGGGAUCCUGUCUGACAAUCUGACAUCUAAGAGUUAAAGGCCAAACGCUCUUAGAAAUUCCAAGUAAGAGAAACAAAAAAGAAAACACUUCUAUUUUCAUUAUCGGUGGCAACAAGCAACUGAUGUACAGCCUGGUAUUCUUAGGAAAAGCGUCACUUUUAGCAGAUAUGCACAAAAUUACUGGUGAUGUGAAUCCUAACAUGCAUUAAAGUACGACUGCAAGGCUCGAUAAAACGGGUUUAUGACCUCUAAAACACUCGUGAAUAAAUAAUUAUUAGCAUAAUUGGCAUGAUUUCAGGUGUGAGUGAAUGACAAGCUUCAGAGACAAACCUGACAAGGAUAUACUAGUUUAACGAGCUUCCAACCAGUUACCUGGAACUGCACAGGGCUUUGAAAGGGUGACCACUUCCUUUGUACGCUCACACUAAUCCUUAGCUGUUUGAAGACAGGACGUUCGCCUCCAGUGUGAUGGCUGACAAGGAGCUCGCCAGAGUGAGAGGGAGAUUUGUGGAAAAAGUCUCCAAAGCUUUAAUCAAACAGCUGCUGGACGACCUGUUGGAAGACCGCUUGUUGAACGAUGGGGAGACCGACUCUGUGCUGGAGGACAACACGGGGAAGGCGGACAUGGCCCGCUGCCUCAUCGACAUGGUGAGGAGGAAAGGGGACAAAGCCAGCAGGAAGAUGAUCGAACACCUCGAGAACAGAGACCCUACACUUUACUCCGAACUCGGCCUCACCUGUAAGCCAGCUCCAGUUCCAGCUCCUCAGAACCAGCAGGCCUGGUCAAACUCCCUCGUCACCACGACCGACUCCUUCUGGAACGAGAAACGGAAAUCUAAAGAUGUUUACGCCGUGUCAGAUGUGUCCCUCAGAAGUCGUGUGGCCCUUUUAAUCACUAAUAGAAAUUUUGCUAAUCCGAGCUUAACCAGAAAGGGAGCCGAGAAAGACGAGGAGAACAUGGAGAAACUGCUGAGAUCCCUGGGAUACGAGGUGGUGAAGCACAACGACCUCACUGCACAGAGGAUGAAUGAGGUCCUGUGCACUUUCACAGAGCAUCCGAAGCUGAGGGACACCGACAGCGUGUUUGUGGUGAUCAUGUCUCACGGGAAACGCGAAUUUGUCCUCGGGGUCAACCACAGCGAGGAAAAACCAGACGAAUUCCCCGUCGACAACAUCUACAAGCACCUGGGUCCGCAGGAAUGCCCUGCCCUGAUGAACAAACCCAAGAUCAUCAUCAUCCAGGCCUGCAGAGGAGAGAGGGGUGGAUCUGUGGUGGUCAGUGACAGCGCCUCGGCUAAGGUGGUCUCUGACGACGUGUCGCAGCAACUUCCUGCUAAUGCAGGCGGCAACAUUGUUGACGAUGCUAUCCGACACGUCCACAAAGAAAAGGACUUCAUCUCCCUCCUGUCCAGCACCCCGGACACCGUCUCGUACAGAAGAGAGGAUUUGGGCUCCUUCCUGAUACAGUACAUCGCUGAGGUGUUCAACACCUGCUCCCACGAGGACGACAUCGACGAGCUUUUCAGGAAGGUCAUGCAGCGAUUUGAGGAGUUUCCUGAUGACACCAAAAGACAAAUGCCAACAAAAGACAGAUGCACUCUAACGAAGCGCUUCUACCUUUUUCCAGGCCACUGAGACGUUUGGUAAAUCCAUCUGUUGUUAAGCUAACGCUACUCUUACUUUUCUUUUUUUUAAUAUCUACCUAAUAGUUUGUACUUUAACUGGAAAUUAGCCCCAUUUUUAUUUUACAGAGGAAAUCAUGAGCUUAACUUCACUGUCCUGCAGA